AUGGCCACAAUGGGCUCGGUCUCACCAUAUGGACUGCUGGUCCGAUCUGCUCGGACCGGCGUCUCCUUCGUCCCUCGCCGGACAUUGGCCUCGACCGCCAUCCGCCGCGCACAAGAUGACUCCAGUAACAAAAAGGGAGGAUUCCUCUCAUCGAUGAAGAACCUAUUCCUUGGUGGCGACAAACACGACCACACGGUCAUCAAUACCCAGCAAGCGCCCACAAAAGAGAAAGGCGGCCUGGGUGCCGACUCGAUCUUCGCGCAGGAAAUGAACAGGACCUCGGGAGCCACGCCCACUCGCCAGAAGAAGGAAGCGCAAGAGCUGGGACAAGAAGAGAAGAAACACCUGGAGUCGCGACAGCUGUCAAACCUGCAAGCGGCCCUCAACCCUGUCCCGAAAAGCAUGAGGCGGUGGCAAACAAAGAUGGUCGUUCGCGAGAUCCGAAAGCGCGGCCGUGUGCCACGGGUUGUGCAGAUCAAACGCACAGAACGCGAGGAGCUGGUCAAGUCGCAUUGGUUCAAGACCUCGGUGAAGAAGCUCGGUCCGCUGGCCCGGCAGAUCGCGGGCAAGAACAUCGACGAGGCCAUCUUGCAGAUGCGCUUCAGUAAGAAGAAGGCUGCCAAGGAUGUGCUCGAGCAUCUGGAGCAUGCGAAGAACGUUGCCGUCGUUCGUUCCGGUAUGGGCCUGGGCAUGGCGCAAGACUCGGAACCGUUCAAACCCACCACUGCGUGGGUCAACCGGGGUCCCUAUGGCGAGCAGAUGGAGCACCGUGCCCGAGGCAGAAUCAACCGGCUCCGCCCUCCAGCAACGGGCAUUUCCGUCCUCCUGAAAGAAGAGAAGACCCGGAUCCGCGAGUGGCAGGACCGCGAGGCUACCGCGUUGCGGCAGCGGAAAGAGCAGCUCUGGACCCAGCUGCCAGACCGAAAGAUCUCUGCCCAGAACCAGUACUACAGCUGGUGA